AUGGUGAAUCGGCCUAUCAGGAUGAACUUGCAAUGGAGCAGCCGGGCACCUUGCAUCCGCACAGGGAGAGUCGCGCACAAGCGUCUGGACUCAGACGAUCAGCCGCCGGCCAAAUGCGCCCGACUGAGCGCCGAGGCGGGGGACACACAGGGACUCCUCGGCACCUCUCCCGGAUCCCCGGUCAGCCCCGGUUUAACCUCUGUCCCACUGACUCACCAGGGACCGUCCAGCAUAGGACCGUAUAUACUUCUACCUCUGAUGGAUCGGGAAAGCAUGCACAGCGCGAUGAACACCGAUACUGGCGAUGAGCUACUGUGUAAGGUCUUUGACAUGGGGGUAUACCAGGAGAAGAUCAGAGCCUAUGGUAUUCUACCAGCCCACAAGAAUGUGGCCGGCAUCAGGGACAUCAUCCUUGGUGAGCGCAAGGCCUACGUGUUCCUGGAUAAGGACUUUGGAGACAUGCACACUUUGGUAAAGAGCUGUCGCCGGUUGAAUGAGGAGCACGCCUGCAGGCUCUUCCGUCAGGUGGCCCUGGCCGUAGCGCACUGUCACCAGUCAGGCAUUGUGCUGGGUGACCUGAAAUUGCGCAAGUUUGUCUUCACUGAUGACAAAAGGACAAGGGUGAGACUAGAAAGCCUUGAGGACUGCCGCGUCCUGGAAGACCCCAAGGAUGACUCUAUGUCAGACACCCAUGGCUGCCCUGCAUACGUCAGCCCAGAGAUCCUCAGUGGCUCUACGCCUUACUCCGGCAAGAUGGCCGACAUGUGGAGCCUCGGGGUCAUGCUGUACACCAUGCUGGUUGGCCGUUACCCGUUCCACGACCCGGACCCAGCCACGCUGUUUUCCAAAAUUCGCAGAGGCCAGUGCUGUUUGCCAGAAGGUUUGUCUCCCAAGGCCAAGUGUCUGCUCCAGAGCCUGCUGAGGAAAGAGCCCUCAGAGAGACUCACAGCGACAGACCUGCUCGCUCAUCCGUGGUUCCACCUGCCGCCAUCAUCCCAGGAAGCGGCACUGGGUGACCAGGAAGUGAGCUCAGCCGAACAAACGGUGCCGUCCUUUGAUGCAGAAGAGGACGACGAUCUUUUCUGCUGACGGACUCAAUUCGACUGAGUCUGACUGAGGGACCAAAACAAACUAUGAGGGAUUCAUUGCUGUUUUUGGUUUGUUUUUUUUUACAUUGGCACUUUUUAGAAACCCAUUUGUGUACUGUUGUGUGUAUAUACACCCUCGAGCUUUCUACAAAAACUUACUGUACUGUAUUUUGUUGUCGUAUACAUGUUACUUGCUAAGGGCAUUGUUCACAAUGAUCACUCAUUGUGUUUUUGUAUGUGUGUUUUGGAAAUUAUUUGGUGCUAAAAGAAUUAACAAUGACAGAAAUAAGCCAGAUCAUGUUUUAAAAAAAAAAAAAAAAAAUUUCCACAGGCUUCUAUGAGUGUGUCACGGGAAUUUAAUACCCAGGCAAAGAGUAGUCAUCGGUGUUUGCUCUCGGCCUGAACUCAUGAGGCUUCAUAAAGCAUUAGCUGAAUCUUAAGCGGGAGGCGAGGAGACCAGGAUGUUGUUCCUCUCACUCUCGGACCAGACUGCAGGCUUCACCAGCUGACUCACCGAUCAGCCCGAGGACGGCCAAGCACGAGCUUGACGUCUUGAAGCAGACAGUGACAUAAAGUGAGAAAGAUGGAUAGCAGAGGACUGAUGUGUCAUACUCAGCGGGACACUACGAAGGUGUCUCACUGCCAAUCUGGCAGUGUCUCUGCGAAUGGAGAGCAUUUACAAAUUUCACACCACGCGCAGAAGGUUGAGAUAGGCAGGGUGUUACUGGUGUAAGACUGGCAGAAAAAUGGUAAAAGCUUGUCAUGCACACUAGGCUGACACAAGUCCUUGUUAAUGGCUAACAGAGAAAAGUACAUCUCUGUCAUUUUUCUCAUUUAUACCUGUUAAAACUAUUUACCAUUUAUAAAACAAGCUCAAAGCUGAAUAUUUAGUUUAAAGGUUGCAUCCGAACACAAACACAAGGGUCGACCCAUCCAAUUUUUGUUUGUUUUUUUUAUAUCCUGCACGUGUGCAAUUGCCAUCAGCUAAAACCCAACACUAAUGCUUCUGGUUUAAAUUAAAAUGCUGGAAGCAACUCUGGUUUUAAACACUUGGCCACGUGAAUCAUCAGCAGCAGAGGUUGCUGGAUAAUUCUUACACCUGAUGGCAACAGUAGGAUUCCAGUGCAAAAAAGAGAAAACACAACCACCGAAGCAAACUAAAAAAAACAAAAAACAAUCUGUAUUUGUUUAAGAAAUGUGUCAAAUAUCCACUGAAAUUAGAGAAGGACGCAUCACAGAAAGAUGAAGACUUUCCCAGCUGAGAACCUGUUUUGUUCACUUCUGUUAAAACAUUAUGUGAAGAUGUUUUGCUUUAACGAAGCCGAGCUGUGCUGAGUGUUGUGCCCGUAUCACUGUGUUUCAUAAACUGAAUGACUCUGAAUCAGUCGCAGUCAGGCGAUAUUUGAUGUUGGUUGUCUGUUGAUGACUCAACACUUGAGUGUGUCUGCAGAGAAUGGUCCUGACCUUGGCUGGAAGAAUCUGUUCAGCCUGUUUCACCUCUUUAAUGGUAUUUUUUUUUUUUUUUUUUUUUUUACCCCCUCUUUCCUUUCCUUUUCUUUUUUUCUUGUUUUGAAAGCUGUGGAUCCAUGGAGACUAGUCCUCAUAGUUGGUGACAUUUUGUACCACACUCUAAAAUACACUAUGUUCAUUUGUGAAAAGCAGAUAGAGUUUCAGCCACAUUCAAGCUACUAUAGCCAGCUGUUUUGUUCAGGUACAAUAAUGCUGACAAUGGUACUAAAUCUGGCAUAUCAGAGAAACAUUGUGCAUGAAAUUUUUUUAGUCACGCAGUAGGCUAAUAGAACAUCUUGCAGUUCUUUAUUUCUUUCAUCUGCUUGAGAGAGCAGAUAGGAGGAGCCGUGUGACAAUCAAAAUUGUUCUUCACAGCAAAAUUAAUUUAAGAGGUUACCGAUAUUGUUUCUGUUUUCAUACAUGUAGAGUGAGUCACGCAUUCAUGUGACGUGUAAACUGACACGGGUGCACAAUCUUCAUAUUGCACUGUGAAUUAUGUAUUUGUGACACAACCUAGAGGUUAUUUUUAGUCCGGAUAGGUUACACACAAGAGUUAUAUUCAUUGUAUAAAAUAUGUACAUAUGUAUAUUUGAAAUGUGUGUGGAGUUGUUGAAUAAAGAUCACAUUUUUCAUAUUCUCA